UCCUCCCGGCCCUCCCCUUCUCCCCAGGCGUUUUCCUGGCCUUCCCCCUCCUCCCCUCCCCUCGCCGGGCGGUUUCCCAGCCCUCCUCUUCGGAGUAGGAGGAGGAGUAGGAGGAGGCGGGGUGGGCAAAAUGGCGGCGGCCGCCGGUCCCGCGCAGCCCUGGAGCGCCGAGGAGCUGCGGAGCGAGGCGCUGGCCAAGAAGGAGAUCAUCAAAUUCCUGCAGGAGCACGCGGCGCAGGCGUUCCUGGCGGAGCACAAGCUGCUGGGGCAGGUGAAGAACGUGGCCAAGACGGCGAACAAGGAGCAGCUCAUCGCGGCUUACACGCAGCUUUUCCACACGCAGCGGUUCAAGGGCACGGACGGCGCGGAGAAGGCGGCGGAGAAAGCGAAGCCGGCCAAGGCGGAGGAGGCCAAGGGGAAGGCGGUGAAGGCUGAGGAGGCUGUGGAGGAGGGGCCACCAAAGUAUACAAAAUCCAUUUUAAAGAAGGGCGACAAAACCAACUUCCCGAAGAAAGGAGACACUGUGCACUGCUGGUACACGGGAAAGCUGCAGGAUGGGACAGUCUUCGAUACCAAUAUUCAAUCAAGCUCCAAGAAGAAAAAAGCAGCCAAGCCCUUGAGUUUCAAGGUUGGCGUAGGAAAAGUGAUCCGAGGUUGGGAUGAGGCCCUGCUGACCAUGAGCAAAGGAGAGAAGGCCCAGCUGGAAAUCGAGCCCGAGUGGGCCUACGGCAAGAAGGGGCAGCCCGAUGCCAAAAUUCCCCCGAAUGCAAAGCUCUUCUUUGAAGUGGAGCUGGUGGACAUCGAGUGAGGAGUGAAUUCCCUUUGCUGCUGGGAACCCAGGGACUGGCACUGGAACUCCGGGAUGCAGUUCCAGCCUGGCCCUGCGGAAAUGGAGCGCUGUCCCUGCCCCUCUGUACAGUGACACCCCACUAAACCAGUUUGUACC